AUGGAAGGAUUCCAGUUCAGACUCCUUACGGGAGAUGCACUCACGUCGGAAAUAUGGGGAUGUCUUAUGGGGCUCAAGAGAGCCUGGGAUGGAGGAUUCAAGAAUAUUCUGCUCAAAAGUGAUUCCCAAGAAAUGCUAUCUUUAUGUCAAAAUGGCGCUCCUGAGCUCCACGAGAGUAGCAGCCUGAUCAGUGAAAUACAGGAGAUGAUGCAGCGUGAUUGGAAAGUCUCUCUUCUUUAUAUUGAAAGAGACAGCAACAGAAGGGCGGAUAAACUCGCGAAACGUGGACUGUCAGCUGCUUAUGGCUUGCAACUCUUCGGUCCAACAGCUAUGGAACAGAUUCUGCAUGAGGACACGGGAGACUAA